AUGCCAGACUCGUUGCACAUCGCGCUCAAGAACGACUCCGACUCGGAGAACAUUCACGCCUACGUUACAGGCAUCGCCAUCCAGCACGAUGGCAAACGAUGUCUCCUCCGAGCGAAUGGCAGGGAUCUGUACUUCCCUGCCGAAGUAAAAGACAUUGGCUCCUCACUCCAAGAAGACUGCGCUAUUCCACUCGGUGCACCAGGCAACACAACGAAUAUCACCAUUCCACAAAUAGCCGGCGGCCGUAUCUGGAUCGUAGAUGGAAAGCUCACCUUCCUCCUUAACCCUGGAGGACCAGCGUUGGUAGAACCCUCGGUGCUGAAUCCCAGCGAUCCCAAUCACGGCGUGAAUUUCGGCUUCGCAGAGUUCACAUUGAACGACGCACAACUCUACGCCAACAUAUCGUACGUAGACUUCGUGCCCAAAAUCCCCAUCGCCAUCAGCCUGCAGCAGCAGAGCGGCGAGGAGCAACGCGUGGCCGGCAUGCGCCCAGAUGGUUUAGACCGCAUGGCCGACUCCCUACGCGAACAAGCCCAAAAGGACGGCCGCCCAUGGGACAAGCUCGUCGUCAACGAAAACGGCCAGAACCUCAGGAUCUUGAACGCAACUCACGGCGGCGCAGUCGGCGCCGACUUCUCCGGCUACUUCGAGCCCCUCGUCGACGAAGUAUGGUCCAAAUACGCCUCCUGCAAAUGCAGAGUCAACACGCAAGCCGGGCCCGGCGUGCUCGAAGGCCACAUCACAUCCUCCGGCAAACUCAAGAUCGGGGACGAGGAAUUCGACAGGCCCAACACCGCCGAUAUCCUGGGCUGCAACUCCGGCCCUUUCACGACCGGGCAGAGUCCAGCGCGCAACGCUAUCAUUCCAAGACUGGCUGCUGCGUUUGUGAGGAGCAGUAUCACGGAGACGGAAGAACACCCGAGUCAGCCUGAUACGUUUUAUAGACGCGAUCCGACGAAUCAUUACGCAAGGCUGGUGCACGAGCACAACGUGGACAGGAAGGGAUAUGCGUUUGCCUACGACGAUGUGCAGCCCGACUCUGGCGAAGAUCAGUCUGGCAAAGUGAACGCUGGGGAUCCGAAACUCUUCAUUGUGACUGUGGGAGGGAAAAGUGCUGCUGGCGGCGCACCAGCACCACCGCCCCAGCAGUCGCAGCUACCGGAGCAGCAGAGCGAGAACCAGCCAGCGCCAGCGCCAGCGCCAUCUGCUGACGCCCCGGCAGCGGAGAAGAGGGGUUUUAGAGACCGAUUGUUCGAACAUGCCAAGGGCAAAGCGAAGGGGUUUUUGCAUCGCUAG